AUGAGAGUCCAACAAAUUUCCAUUCUUCACUUGAGCAACCAAAACCUCCGACGACCUCCGCCGUGCUGGGUGCCGCUGACAGGGGUCACUCUACGACAGCUCCGAAUGUCAGCUAAGUUUCAUGUUACUUCUCCUCUCUUCUUUCGGUUGAGGCACCAUUGUUUGAACUCUCUCUCUCUCAUCACCUUCUCUCAUUCCUUUAACCUUCGAUUCUCUCACUGCCUUCAUUCCCAUUCCCCAUCCUCUUCUGGGUCUGAGUGCUGUGAUUAUUUGACUCAGUUUCUCCCUUUUGGGACCUCAAAUUUCAAACCUUCAAGUAUAAUAAGCCCAAGGGAACGCCGAUUAGUGGUGGUGGGAUUAUCCAAUAUCAUAAAGAAUGAGAAGGGUUUUGUGCUGAAGGGCUUCUCCCUGCGUUUUUGUCCAUUCUUUCUUGUGAAGAUUAUGAAAUUAUUAGAGACAAGGGAUGCUGCAUUUGCAUUCUUCAAGUUAGCAUUUGGGGAUAGUUAUGAUUCUGAGGAGAUAGUUCGGUUGUGUUGCAUUGGGGCACAUGUUUUGGCAGCUCAGAACCUUCAGCUGCUUGCGCAGGACAUGGUUUCUUGGGUUAUUGCGAGGAUUGGGGCUACUAGAAGCAAGGAAAUGGUGGAGUUUAUGUGGAGGAAUCAUCCUCGGUAUGAGUCUGAUUUUUCUGUCUUGAAUACCCUUAUGAGGGGUUUUUUGAAUGUUGGGAUGAGUUUAGAGGCAUUGGAUAUUUUGCAUAGGAUGAGGGUUGUAGGAGUUAGGCCGGGCUUAUCUGCAAUAACCCUUCUUUUCAGGUUGUUACUUAGGAUUGGUGAUUAUGAUAGUGUGUGGAAGUUAUUUAAGGAUAUGCUCCGGAAAGGGCCUUAUCCUUCGAAUAUUACAUUUAACAUGAUGGUUUAUGGGUUUUGUAGACAGCAGGAGCUUGUAAUAGGAGAAAGUGUGUUUCAUUUGAUGCCAAAGUUUGGGUGCAAUCCUGAUGUUUUUACAUUUAACAUUCUUAUUAGUGCCCAUUGCAAUAGGGGAAGGACCUCGGUUGCCAUUGAUUGGCUGCAUUUGAUGAUAAAAAGUGGUUGUGAACCGAGCAUCGCCACAUUUAAUAUCAUUCUGCAUGCCCUUUGCAGGGAAGGAAAUGUGAUGGAGGCGCGGAAGCUCUUUGAUGGGAUUCAUGAUAUGGGUAUCACUCCAAAUACUGCAAUAUACAAUACACUGUUGGAUGGAUAUGUCAAGGCAAGGGAGAUUGGUCAAGCUAACAUGCUUUAUGAAGAAAUGAGGACUAAAGGCAUUGCCGCUGAUUGUGUGACUUUUAAUAUUUUGGUUGGAGGGCAUUAUAAAUAUGGGAGAGAAGAGGAUUGGAACAGGUUUUUGAAAGAUUUAACAGUAUCAGGAUUGUUUCCAGAUUGUUCACUAUAUGAUGUAACAGUAUCAUGGCUAUGUUGGGUUGGCAAAUUUGAUGAGGCCAUGAAAUUAUUACAAGAUUUGCUUGAAAAGGGACUAACUCUUAGUGUGGUUGCCUUUAACUCAUUAAUAGGAGCCUAUAGCAGGGCAGGUUUAGAAGACAAAGCUUUUGAAGCCUAUCAUAUUAUGGUUACAUGCGGUUUCACUCCUUCAUCAUCCACAUGUAAUUCUUUGCUUAUGGGUUUGUGUAGGAAAGGGAGGCUGCAAGAAGCCAGGACACUUUUGUAUAGGAUGUCAGAGAAGGGAUUUCCCAUCAACAAAGUAGCUUACACUGUGCUUUUUGAUGGAUACUUCAAGAUGAAUGAUCUGGAUGGGGCUCAACAUCUAUGGAAGGAAAUGAAAGAAAAAGGUAUAUAUCCAGAUGCCGUUGCCUUUGCGGCCUUAAUAGAUGGACUUUCAAAAGCAGGUUUUGUUGAGGAGGCAUACAAAGUGUUCCUAGAAAUGUCAGCUAUAGGUUUUGUUCCUAAUAAUUUUGCAUACAAUUCUUUGAUUGGCGGGCUUUGCAACUGUGGGAAGAUGACUGAAGCAUUAAAGUUGGAGAAAGAGAUGAGGCUAAAGGGCCUUCUUCCUGACACCAUUACCUUCAAUAUCAUCAUUGAUGGGUUUUGUAGACUGGGGAAAAUGAAGUCUGCAGUGGAUGCAUUUCUUGGCAUGCACCGGAUUGGUUUGAUGCCAGAUAUCUUCACAUUUAACAUAUUAGUUGGAGGAUACUGUAAGGCAUUUGACAUGGUUGGUGCAGAUGAGGUUGUUAAUAAAAUGUACACAUGUGGAAUUGACCCGGAUAUUACAACCUAUAAUAUACGCAUGCAUGGUUACAGCAGUAUUCGAAAAAUGAAUCGAGUAGUUAUCAUUUUGGAUCAGCUUGUCUCUGCUGGUAUUGUUCCAAACACAGUGACAUACAACACUAUGAUGAGUGGUAUUUGUAGUGAUAUAUUGGAUCGUGCUAUGAUUCUUACUGCAAAAUUACUUAAGAUGGGUUUUAUUCCAAAUGUGACUACGACCAAUGUAUUGUUGUCUCAUUUUUGCAAGCAGGGGAUGCCAGAGAGAGCCUUACUAUGGGGUCAAAAGUUCAGGGAGAUCUGCUUUGGUUUUGAUGAAAUCUCCUAUAGAAUACUGGACCAAGCUUACCAUUUGAUGCAGGAUGAUGUUGAACUUGUGAGAGGAACAUGUGAAAAGAGCCUUUUUUUGGAUUUCCUUAUGUACAUUACAUUUGACUAUUUUUCAAGAAACAGACCUCAUAACAUAGAGGAUGAGAAUAAUAUAAAGUUGAUUGAAAGUCAAUUUGUUGCUUUGUGAACUUGGUGGUUUCAUCUUCUAUAAUCCUUGAAAUCUGCCAAGGUUUUGUAUAAUCAUGAGAACAAGAAGUAGCCCUCAGUGGCUACUUGAGCAUUACAUGAAACAAGUGAUAACAAAAUGUUAUGUGGCACAAACUCUACGAAAUCAAGGAAGGAUUGGUCACCUUUUUCUAAGGUGACCAUCAGUGGUUAUUACUACCAAUCU